UUACCCACUUCAAAUAUGGCCACCCAGGGACAUUCGCCUUUACCACCUGGUGACAACCACGACUUCCGUGCCCAUUUUCAAAAGGGCCGCCUCCUGCGGGGUCGCGCUUCUAAGUGCGCAAGCGCGAAAGCAAGUCCACUUCCGGUCAAAAUGGCGGUAGUCUUCAUGUGCGGACGCCGGGAGCUCUUUCGCCUGCUGCGGCCCCAGCGUCAGCUCCACAGCGUCGCAGGGCGCUCUCAGUGGCCCCCGAAAGUGCUGGCCUCCAGGGCCCGGAUCCCAGUCGGUCGGAGCUGCGGGCGACCGCCCUGCGUCCUCCUCGCCGCCUCCAGCCCCCGCUGCCUCAGUACCUCCGCCGUCUCCUUCACAGAGGCCCAGGUCCAGGCCUCUCCUGUCCUUCCUGCAACUCCCUCGCCCACAGUGGUGCCUGAGGUGGUUCCUGGAGAAACUACAGAUGUAGUCCAAGCUGCUGCUGAAUUGAGCUUCACGGAACUUGGGCUUGGCUCAUACACCCCAGUGGGAUUAAUCCAGAAUUUUUUGGAAUUUUUGCACAUUGACCUAGGCCUACCUUGGUGGGGGGCCAUCGCUGCAUGUAAGGGGGAGUAUAUCCUGGACAAAGGUACAGUCCUUGCCCGCUGCCUGGUUUUUCCCAUCAUUGUGAAGGGCCAGCGAGAAGCAGCGAAGAUCCACAACCAUGUGCCAGCAAUCCAGAAGUUUUCCGCUCGGAUCAAAGAGGCCAAGUUGGCAGGAAACAGUUUUGAGCUUUCCAGGGCCUCUGCAGAAAUGACACAGUACCAGAAAAAGCAUGACAUUAAAUUGUUAAGACCUCUCAUUCUACCACUUACUCAGGCCCCAGUCUUCGUCUCCUUCUUCAUUGCCCUGAGAGAGAUGGCCAACCUUCCUGUGCCCAGCAUGCGGACAGGCGGCCUGUGGUGGUUCCAGGACCUCACAGUAUCUGACCCCAUGUUUAUAUUACCGCUGGCAGUUACUGCGACAAUGUGGGGUGUCCUUGAGCUAGGUGCUGAGACGGGUGUGCAGAGUGCUGACCUUCAGUGGAUGAGAAAUGUUAUCAGGAUGAUGCCCCUGGUAGUCUUGCCCAUAACCAUCCAGUUCCCCACGGCAGUGUUCGUGUACUGGCUGUCCUCCAAUAUGUUUUCCCUCAUCCAAGUGAGCUGCCUUCGGAUUCCCGCUGUGCGCACUGUCCUCAAAAUCCCCCCGCGUAUUGUACAUGACCCUGCCAAGUUACUUCCACAGGAAGGCAUCAUCAAGGGCUUCCGGAAAGGCUGGAAGAAUGCUGAAAUUGCACAGAAGCUCCGGGAGCGUGAGGAGCGCAUGCGGAAUCACCUGGAGCUAGCAGCCAGGGGUCCCUUACAACAGACCUUUACCCACAACCCUCUACUACAGCAUGGAAAGGAUCCCAGCACUCCCAACAGUGGCAACGGCAGUGACAAACCAAAGUCAAAGUAUCCCUGGCGUGACACACUUGGCUGACUCAUGUUCUCUGCUCAUCCUGGCAGGAACUGGCUCUUCAGAAACUCAUCCUCAGAAGAGACUUAAUACCAUGUCCUUGGGGCAUGGAGAAGUUCGUUUUAAAAACUGAUUCCACUACAGGCUCACUCUGAGUGUAAGAGCCCUGGCGAGCCAAGCGAACUUUCUAUCCACAGGGUCAGUAAACUUUUGUGCCACAGGCUGCUUUCUGGUACUUAUUAAAUAGAGCUGGGUCGUGUGCCUCAGAACAGUGAA